AUGAAUCCCUACCAGCGCGCCUCGCCGCGUACAGCCUCACCCGCCAGCAACCUCCAAACGAAUCCCACACGAACCAACAACCCGCGGCAUAGCGCCGACCGGAACUCCUACUUUGACAAUCCUCCCUACAACGACCGUGGCAGCGAAGACGGCGAGGACGACAUGGCGUCUCGGGGGGACCACAUGGCCGAGACGGACCAGCGGCAGUACCAGAAAAUCAACCAGGUCAUCCAGAACUUCUUCACCAAAUCAGCCCUCAGCAUCGUCUCGUCUCGUGUCAUCCUGCCGACUAGCUUCAACAAGAAUGGCGACAUCAGACAGAACAAAUGGUUCAACGUCAUCCUCGACGACAGCGACGAGCUCCAGCUGCGCCUCACCGAAUGGAAGACCAUGGACGCCAUGGCUGGCCAGCACCCGCCACUGUACAUCGAGGUCUACCUCGACAUAUCCGGACUCGGACACAAGCAGUCGCUGGUAGUACACGAUGAGGACGGGAAGAGAUGGGAUGUGGCCGCAGCUCUAAACGCCGCUCAGCCAACUUCCCGGGCUUCGAGCCGACCUGCGAGGCCUACACAGAUAGUGAUUGAGCGCUGGAAGAUCUACGUCGGAGACAUAGAUUCAGUGCACCCUUCAGACCUGACCGAACCCCUGCCCAACGUAUACAAGAAAGCUGUUGUCCUCUUCCGCGGCCUCUACGCAAACCUGCGUCUGCUUCCAGCAUUCAAAUACAACAAGAGCAUGGCAAAACAACCCGCAAAUCACACGUCACUAAAGCUCAAUUAUCGCAUUCUCAACGGCGCAUCCGAACGUCCACAGCUCGACACACUGAGCCUGCCCUUGUGUCCCUCUACCGACCCUAUCACCGAGACUGCACACAUUGGCUCCACCAACUCACCCAUUGGCCCGCUUUGUAUUUCCGUCGAGUACCGCGACGCCUGCGAGUUCAGCGUUGAAGACUCGGAAUCACUUCUGAGCGAUCAGUUCAUGGGCCUGGACGAUACCUACCUCGAACAGAAACCACGCGCAGCAGCCCCGGUACCCGGGUCACUUCCUGUCGACAAGUUGAACACGCAAGAAACACCAGACGUGGGUGGCAGUAAGACUGAAGAAGAUGCUCUAAGCAGCGGCAAGGGUAGCGCCACUUCCUCCUUGCAGCGAGGCUCUGAUACUCUAAACGACGGGGAAGGUGGAAGUUCAGGAGAAAUGAGGUCAGAGGAUGACAACAUAUCAGAUUUUCUGAAGCUGCUAGAGGCAAAGAAAGAUCUGAAGAGCUUCAACCGCAGCGACAGUUCGACACGUGACGCAACAAUGCGCAAGACUACGGCUCAGCUUGGCAAGUACCAGCGCAUGCGGGACUCGCACGCACAACUCUCCGACUCGGUCUCAUCUUCGACUAUGCUGCACCGGUCGUCAUCAUCGUCAAGUCGUCAACUGUCAAGUGUCCCUGCAAUGAUCCAUGGUACAUCUAUUUCGACUGCAUCCUCACCAGGAAAGCCAAUCUCACCACACACCCCACACACGCCAGCCAUCCCAUCUCGACUGAGCGCCAACAGCAUCAUCGAGUACGACCAACCUCACCGCAGUCGCAACCAUCGCAGCCGAAGUCGGAGUGGCCGCACAGCACGUGGGCAGGGACCCGAGAACCUCGAAGAACAGAGCGAGGUCGAGGACGAUGCUGCCGGCAUUGACAUCCCACUCUCGCCUCGUCCCUGGAAUUAUCAGCGCCGAUCAAGUUCAGUCGCCCAGCAAAACCGUAACCUCCCAGAAGACGAACCAGACAUGUUCGGUGUGCGUGCUGCGAGCCUGCCUGUCGAAGAGGGCGAUCGUGCGAGAGACUUGCAUCGAAUUACCAGCACGGAUCUGACAUCUAGUGGGCUCUUCGCCCAGACUGAAUCUCUUGCAAGCGCUAGCCGUGACAACCAGGCACCAGAUGACGGCGACUCGCGCGAUGACUUGCCACGAGCGUCAUCUACAUCAAAUACACCCGCCAAGCGCGGAACAUACUCAAGUAACCUUCGAGGUCGAGGUGGAUUCUUCUCGCAAGGCUCAUCCACGACCGGCUCUACUGGUGGCACGAGUUCUACAGAGCGCCAAAGCCGCUACAAUUUCAACAGCCGGGCUGCGAAUCUUGACGACGACGAGCCCUUGCUCUUCCAGAUGAGCGAAAUCGGCGCAGGUGGUUCGCGCCGCAGUCUCGAAGAAGCACGCGGCGGCUCCAGCACUGGUAGUGCGCGUGGCCGAAACUCACCCUGGGGAGGCCGUUAA